AUGGCAACAGCUCACCUCGGCUUCAGCUAUGCUUCAUCGAAGAAUAUUCCUGAAUUAUUUACAUCGAUAUUUCCUGACAGUAAAAUAGCUACCGAUUAUGUAAUGAAAGAUCGAAAACUUUCGUAUAUGAUAUCACAUGGAACUGGUCAUUAUUUUGUACGUGAACUUGUUAAAGAUGUUAAUAAAGCUCCAUCCUACUCGUUACUUUUCGACGAAACUACUAUUGUUGGAGUACAAAAACAAUUGGACUUACAUAUUCGAUAUUGGAGUGAAUACAAGCAAUGUGUUGUUACACGUUAUUGGAAAAGUAUUAUGCUUGGACAUGCAACAGCAGACAUCAUUAGUCGCCAUAUACUCGAUUCAUUAAAGUCCGAUGGAAUCGAUUUGUGUAAACUUCUUCAAUUGGGUCGUGAUAAUCCCAAUGUCAAUAAAGCGGUUGAAACUAUGAUUGACAAAGAACUACGAUCUGAACGAGAGAAAAAAACUGGACGUGCACCAGCUAAUGGAUUGGUUUCUAUCGGAUCUUGUCCACUUCAUGUCAUUCACAAUGCGUUCAAACACGGUUUUACACAAAAUGAGUGGCAAGUCGAAGAUAUUCUUUAUGAAUUUUGGUUUUUCUUUUCUAGAUCAUCGGCCCGUCGUGAAGAUUAUUUAAAUGUAGUUGAUUCUAUUGGUGAUAGUGUUGGUCGUUUUAUGAAACGAUUUGUUAUUACACGGUGGAUAGAAGUCGGUCCAGUUAUCGAACGAGUUAUUGACCAAUGGUCAGUUCUUAAAGAAUAUUUUCUUGUUUAUUUACCAAAAAUUAAUAAAAACAUUAUUAAUAAUGAUAGAUGGAAAAGAAUUAAGAAUCAGCUCGACCAACAGCAAACACUUGUUCGUUUUCAAUUUGUUCUUUAUGUGUAUCGACAUAUAUUCUCGAAACCUUUAACAUGGCUUCAGCAAAGCGAACCAUUAGUCCAUGUGUUAUUCGAAGAAUGCAGUGAUUUAUUUCGUAAUGUAUUGAUUAGUUUCAUUAAAGAUGAUUUAAUAAUGAAUAAAACCGUAAAACAAUUAUUUUCAAUUACACUCGAUUCUCAAGCCAAUCAAAAACUAGAUUCCAAACUCGAAAUUGGUGAAACUACACGAAACGAACUUAAAGAAAUGUCAACUAAUGACAAAGCCACGUUUUUCAGCGAUGUUCGUCUCAUUUAUUUAACCAUAGCCCAAACACUAAAACGUACAUUGCCGCUGAACAAUGAAUUUUUACGACAUGUUCGAUUUAUUCAUCCACUUUCACGACAGCACGAAUCUACUCGUAAUAGUAUGAUGAUUGUGGCACGUGAAUUACCUCAUUUAUUGUCCGACGAUGAUCUUGAUCAAUUGAGUGCUGAAUGGCGUUUAUACGAAAAUGAAACCAUUCCAAAUGAAUGGUACGAGCACAAAAGCAUCGGUGUUGAUUCUCGAGAGAUCAUUAAGUAUCAUCCUGUCGAUUAUUAUUGGAAAUACAUCUUCGCAAUGAAGAACAGUUCAGGUAACACCAAGUUUCUUAUUUUAUCUAAACUCGUCAAGAGUAUUUUAUCAUUAUCACAUGGGAACGCCGACGUGGAACGUGGCUUUAGCGAAAAUGCGUCGCUUGUUACUGAUGAUCGAUCGUCCUUAAGUAAUGCUUCCAUCAAUGGACUUCGAGCAACUAAGGAUGCCGUCAAGUUUUAUGGGUCAGGGAUGGUACACGAAGUUCCUAUUUGUAAAGGCCUUCUUGAUAGUGUCAAAGAUGCCCAUUCUCGUUAUCAUGCUGAUCAGGAAAAGAUGCAGCGAUUAAUUAAAGAAAAGGAAGAAGCUGAAUCUGCUGCAAAAUUACUCAAGGACAGAGAACUUCUCUUAAUUGAAAAAGAACAGAAACUUAUUGAUGAACGCAAUGUCUUACAACGUGAAUUGGAUAAUGCAUCGAAAAUGCUUGAUGAAGGUAACUCACGUCUUGAAGCUGCUGUUGCAACCAAGAACUUUGGUGAUAUCGAAGUGGCACAAUUACUCAUUGGAGGUGCUAACAAGAAACUGGACGCGUUAAAGACGCAACUCAAUUAUAACAGCGAACGGAUGAAUCAACUUCGAAAGAAAGUGAAAAAAUGA